AACCUUAACUCUCCCAACAAAGGUCUGCUGUCGGAUGCCAUGACAGAUGUUCCCGUGGAUAGCGCGGCUUCGGCCAGGACCUCUGCGCCCGAGGGGCUGACUCUUGCUGAAGAGGAGGAGUUGAGAUCUGAGCUUGCCAAGGUUGAAGAAGAAAUUGGUACGCUCAGGCAAGUUCUGGCUGCUAAAGAGAGGCACUGUGGAGAGCUGAAGAGGAAGCUAGGUUUGACUCCCUUGGAUGGGUUAAAGCAAAACCUGUCUAAAAGCUGGCAUGAUGUCCAAGUCUCCAAUGCUUAUGUGAAAACAUCUGAGAAACUUGGAGAGUGGAAUGACAAAGUGACACAGUCUGACUUUUAUAAGAAGACCCAGGAAACCCUUUCCCAGGCAGGACAGAAGACUUCAGCAGCCCUUUCCAAUGUAGGUUCUGUUAUCAGCAGGAAACUUGGUGACAUGAGGGCUCACCCCUUCUCGCACUCCUUUAGCAGUUACUCCAUUCGCCACUCGAUAAGUAUGCCAGCGAUGAGGAAUUCUGCAACCUUCAAGUCAUUUGAAGAUAGAGUUGGGACCAUAAAGACUAGUAUUCGGGCAAAUGGCCUCUCAGAUAUGUGAAGUCUUUGCUACAUCCAGAGUGGUGGGCAGCAGGGAAAAUAGCACCGACGGCCUCCACUCCCCCUCGGGAGCUGGAGACAAGCCUCCACAAGACAACGCUCCUUUCUAGACCUGCAAUGUGGCUUUGCACGGCUGUGCACAACUGUAAGAGCGAGCCCCCUCCCUCCCAAAUCUUCACAACAGCAACAACACGCAAAUCCAAGAAGGGGCUGAGAGCCAGUCUGGAGAGAUCCAUCAUUCAUUCAUAGACACUGCUGCUGGAUCUAAGUCAAAUAAAGAGAAUGCAAAGUUUUGUACACAAAUAAUAUUUUACACUAAAGUUUGUAGACUAAAUGUAUCACUGCUGUCCUUUUGGGAGAGCAUGUAAGAUGGAGUUUCCUUAAAGUAGCUCAGAAAUGCCACUGGUAUAGAUAAAAACAGUUUCCCCUUGUCUGACAUAACUUGGAACAGAUACAUGGCCCCGAGCAGCGUGAGGAGGGCAGUUAUUGGAGAAGCCAAGUGCAUGGGCAUCUUAGCUUCAGCUUCUGGCUACGUUCUCUGUUCAGGGCAUGCCAUGCAGCUACUCAGUGACCUCCCAGGCUUCUCCCGUUACUGUUUUCUCUGGCUCUCUUUGGAGCAGUCUGAUAAAUGGGGUAAAGAGUUAGGUUUUUUUCUGGGCUCCCAAAAGGGAAACUUCACUUAGCAGCUGCCUCGUUGUUACACUAAUGCUCUAGCUUUAACAAAACUGAAAAUCUUUAUUUUUAAAUGCAAUGAACUUUAAAGAAAUAAAGCUUAAAAAAAAAAAAAAAAGACGCUUCGGCAUCAUAUUAGGGAAAUGCUCCCUUGGACUCUGAAACUGAAUUGCAAGCCUUACAUCACCUUACGCUUUACUCGCUUAUGAUUUUUUUUUUUUUAUAGAGAAGACUGUAAGGGUUAUAAAGCUGGAUGUUGAGCACUGGAGUUUUGCAUCAUACAAUAGUAGCAGCAUGCUUAUAAGCCAGUUCUUGUGUUAAAUUCAGUGGUGCACUCCAUUUCCUGAGUGUAUGAAACUUGCUUC